GGAGCCCGCCUGGCCGGGGGGAGGCGGGGCUUCUGUCUGGCGGAGGUGGGUGCGCACGGACGCCGCAGAGGAUAACUUUCCUGUACCGGCUCUCGCGCUCUUUUUAAGUCCCUUGGAAGUGUGGCCGUCGGGACAGUUUUGUCGUACCGUUUAGCCAAACAUCUUCCCUUUGGUGAUACAAGCGCAGGUUUCAGGGCGGUGGCUCUGGCAUGCCGAACUCGCGGUCCAGGCCCCAUCGGGGUGCCCGGAGUGGCGGCGGGGCAGCCGGGCGGGAGGAGCUGGUGUCGAGGUCCUUGCAGAGCGCAGAGCACUGCCUGGGCGCCCAGGACUUCGGCACCGCCUAUGCCCACUACCUCCUCGUACUCAGCCUGGCGCCGGAGCUGAAAGACGACGUGAAGGAAACUUUUCAGUAUACACUGUUUAGAUGGGCUGAAGAACUUGAUUCUCUCAAUCGAACACAAGACUUACUUAGUUGUUAUGAACAAGCUUUGGAACUGUUUCCUGAUGAUGAAGUGAUUUGUAAUAGUAUGGGGGAGCAUCUCUUCAGAAUGGGCUUUAGAGAUGAAGCAGCUGGGUAUUUUCAUAAAGCUGUAAAACUAAACCCUGAAUUCAAUGAUGCAAAGGAGAAUUUUUAUCGUGUUGCAAACUGGUUGGUGGAACGCUGGCACUUUAUCAUGCUUAAUGACACCAAAAGGAAUACAGUUUAUAAUGCAGCAAUCCAAAAUGCAGUUUGCUUGGGGUCCAAGAGUGUUUUGGACAUUGGAGCAGGAACUGGAAUACUAAGCAUGUUUGCUAAAAAAGCUGGAGCACACUCAGUAUAUGCUUGUGAGUUAUCCAAGACCAUGUAUGAACUUGCCUGUGAUGUAGUGGCAGCAAACAAGAUGGAAGCCGGAAUCAAACUCUUACAUAUGAAGUCACUUGAUAUAGAAAUUCCAAAACACAUUCCUGAAAGAGUGUCCCUAGUUGUAACAGAAACUGUCGAUGCAGGUUUAUUUGGAGAAGGAAUUGUGGAGAGUUUGAUUCAUGCAUGGGAGCAUUUACUUUUGCAGCCAAAGAGCAGAGGUGAAAAUGGUAAUUGUGAUAAGUAUGGGAAAGUUAUACCAGCAAGUGCUGUCAUAUUUGGAAUGGCAGUAGAAUGUGCAGAGAUAAGAAGACAUCAUAGGGUGGGUACUAAGAAUGUUGCUGGGAUCUGUUUACCAACAUACGUGAAAUUUCAGAGUCCAGCUUGUUCUGUAGAUACUGAAGAGACAGUUGAACCAUAUACUACCGAAAAGAUGAGUCGAGUUCCUGGCGGGUAUUUGGCUUUGACAGAGCGCUUUGAAAUUAUGACAGUAGAUUUCAACAAUCUUCAGGAAUUAAAAAGUCUUGCAACUAAAAAACCUGGUAAAAUUGGUAUUCCUGUUAUUAAAGAAGGCAUACUAGAUGCUGUUGUGGUUUGGUUUGUACUCCAGCUUGAUGAUGAACAUAGUUUAUCCACAAGUCCUAAUGAGGAAACAUGUUGGGAACAAGCUGUCUACCCUGUACAUGACCUUGCAGACUACCGGAUAAAACGUGGGGACCAUGUGAUGAUGGAAGUGUCUUGUCAAGAUUGUUACUUAAGAAUCCAGAAUAUCAGUGUUUUUGGUCCAGAAUGUGAAGUGGAUACUGGAAAAAAUUUUACCAAAAAUAAAGACUUGCUCACUUUAGGAAGUGAGGCUGAACUCUGUAGUGCCCUGGCUAACCUUCAGACCAGUAAACCAGAUGCUGUAGAGCAGACAUGUAUAUUGGAAUCCACAGAAAUUGCUUUGCUUAAUAACAGCGUCUAUCAUGAAGGCUUUAAAAUGGCAAUGAGAAAAGUAUUGUCUUCGUUGACUCCAGAGAAACUGUGUCAGGCCAUGGACACUCAGUGUCAGAAUGAGAUGAGCUGUGGAAGUGAAGAGAGUAAUUCUCAAGAGAUCAUCCCUGAACCUUUCUAUGUGUUAGAUGUGUCUGAAGGCUUCUCUAUUCUGCCCAUAAUUGCUGGCACACUUGGGCAGGUUAAACCUUACAGUUCUGUGGAAAAAGACCAGCAUCGUAUCACUCUGGACCUCAUAUCUGAAGCCAAUCACUUUCCUAAAGAAACACUUGAGUUUUGGUUAAGGCAUGUGGAAGAUGAAUCUUCUGUGUUGCAAAGGCCAAAAUCAGACAAGCUGUGGAGUAUAAUUAUAUUGGAUGUCAUUGAGCCAUCUGGGCUCAUUCAGCAGGAAAUAAUGGAAAAAGCAGCAAUAUCCAGGUGUUUGCUACAAUCUGGAGGCAAGAUCUUUCCUCAGUAUGUGCUGAUGUUCGGGUUGCUUGUGGAAUCACAGACACUGGUAGAAGAGAGUGCUGUUCAAGGAACAGAACGUACUCUUGGAUUAAAUAUAGCACCUUUUAUUAAUCAAUUUCAGGUACCUAUACGCGUAUUUUUGGAUCUGUCCUCAUUGCCCUGUGUACCUUUAAGCAAGCCAGUGGAACUGUUAAGACUAGAUUUAAUGACUCCAUAUUUGAACACCUCUAACAGAGAAGUGAAGGUACACAUUUGUAAAUCUGGACAAGUGACUGCCAUUCCCUUUUGGUAUCAUAUGUACCUUGAUGACGAGAUUAGGUUGGAUACUUCAGGUGAAGCCUCCCACUGGAAACAAGCGGCAGUUGUUUUAGAGAAUCCUAUCCAGGUGGAAAUGGGAGAGGAAUUAGUACUCAGUGUCCAGCACCACAAAAGCAGUGUCAGCAUCACAGUAAAGCAAUGAAGAGCAGUUUUCUAAUGAAAAACUGUCCAGUUUGAGCAGCAAGUACACAAUUCUGGUCUGAAUUAGUAGUGGAAUUGUAAUGAUAAAAUGGGGGUGUAAAGAUUUAAUUCCUUGUAAUGGUCAAGUAUUUUUAAAAAUUGAUUAAUAAAGUAUAUUUAAAAGAUCUUAAA